GCCAAGGCUUGUUUAAGACAAGCGAGCGAGUCGAUCUCAUUGUCAAGCUAAUAGAAAAUAAUUAGUAUUUCAUUCAUUUAUUUAUAAGGCAGUUUCCCUAGUGACCGACUCGAUAGAGCUGGUACCAUUGGUAGUUUGUGUGACUACAUUUGAUACAGUUCUUCAACGUGAUUAACUAGAUGGUUGGUUUGUUGUGGUUCAUACAGCCAUGAGAGUGUUCAUUCUAUUCAAAGACGAACGAUAUUGUAUUGAUGUGGACUUGGGACAAACUGUCGGCGAAAUAAAACAAGUGCUUCGACGAAAAUUCGAUUUAGACACAGUACAGAAUGAAGAAAGCGAAAAUGAUAGUCAAAUGUCUCUUCGAUUCGCUGGAGGCUCGCUCGAAGACGACUGGAUCUACGCUGAUCUGAGUAUUCCUUCUGGUGCAACACUAAGAUGUGAAUUAGUGGAAAACGUCAAAUCCUACCUCAAUGUAUUCAUUGUUUAUUCUGGUGAUACGGUUAAGUUUACCGAGUCCUUUUCAGUCUGGGAGACAAGGGUUAGUGAUCUAAGAACUAUGAUCAUGAAUAAAACAGGCCUACAUGUGAGCGUAUUCCGACUCAUAAGUCCCGAAGGAAAAGAGAUGUUUGAUUGUAAUAUUCUUAAUGAUUAUAAUAUCAACGUUGGGGAUGUUAUUCGUUUGGAAACCUGGGAUGGCUGGGCGAGUUUUUUGAAAGCGGCUACUAAGGGCCACUUGACACCGACGUUGAAGCAUAUGAUAAGUAUGGCAGAGGAUCCACUCACGGCAAAAUAUCAGCUUAGAGUCGCCUUGUUUAUAGCAGCACACUUCGGAUAUACUCAGUUAGCUGCAGUUUUAAUGAAAUCAGGCGCUAGAUCAGAUGAACCAGUGGGAGAGCAUCCCAUUCGAGAAUGGUGUAACGGAGAUGUUCAUGUUGAUCAUCUAAAAACGCCAGUCCACGAAGCGGCGCAGCGAGGACAUUUGAUUUGCCUUCGCCAGUUCAUUCAUCAUAAUUACGCUUGUAUUCUAGCUAAAGAUGGCAAUGGGUUAACGCCGUGUAACAUAGCUCGAAGAUAUAAACAAACUGAGUGUUUUAAGCUGCUUAUUGCAGAACAGUUUCGCUCCCGAAGUAUUGAAGGCCUGACCAUAACAUUGUACGCUAAAAUAAAAAAGUGGAGCGAGAGAGCAAGGGAUAGAGCGUUAGUGUACCAAAAGCAUAAUCCAAGCCCUUUAUUGCUGGCUAUGGAGAAGAGAAGCUAUCGAAAAGCCGCUGUUGGACAAAAAGUCUAUGUGGAUGGAUUUGGGAAAAGAUUACAGAACUCUGCGUCAAAGCUUGAGCUAUCGUUAGUUCAUAACGAUCCUAAGAAAGCGUUAGUUGAAGCAGGUGCUAUGGAGAUGAAUACAAAGACUUUGAAAGCAAUUAAAAGUCCAAAUGUUCAGCAUGAUGAUUUAUUAAAUGGUAAAUCAAUAUUCCCUAGAGAAGCAGACGAAAAGAAAACCGACGAAUUACACGAACGUGUGCUGACAGAUCAUAUGAAAACAUCAAAACAAAUUUCGAUACGAAAUUCUUUUGAAGUUCUGCCAGCUGUCUGCGAUUCUUGUUGCUAUGGAAAGAUAAUCAAGCAAGAAAAUGCGAGAGAAGCCGCUUUGAACACAAAGAAAAAGAAGAAAUUCGUGAAACAGUAUGAAUCCUACAGAUGGAAGGAAAGUAAUUUGGAGUCUUUGGAGCGUGUGAAUAGCGAGGAAAAAUCAGAUGAAAAUCCUGUUUCUCUACUGGCAGAAACUACAACAAUAGAUAGGCGACUGAGUAUGCCUGUGAUUAACGGAAAUACAAAACUUCCGUCUGAUUUUAAUUCUAAUCACAAACGAUUCGCUGCAGAUAAAACAAUCGAAAACAGAAAUGAUGAUAUUGAAAAACACCGGGUGUUUGUGACUGAAGCUUUGCUGGAUUCCAUUGAAAGAAAUCCAUCAAAUCGAGAAGAUUGGCUAACGGAAGCGGAGAAAGCAAAACAAAACACGAGUGAUCGAGUAUACUACACGGAAAAAAUGCCACCAAUCGGCAAACAGAAUGGUUUACAAUAUUCAGAAUUUUUACAUCAGUAUAAUAAAUCAAAAGGGAAAGAGCAUCCGGAAAAAGCGAAAAGUGAUGAUGGUGGCGUUUCUAAUAAAGCAAAUUCCGUCGAUUUUUUCCCCAAAGCGAAUGGUGCUUUUCCAAAAAGGACAAAAAGUGAAGACCCAGCGGUUCAAUCGACCGCCAUCUAUCGUCACGUGACAGGGCUGGACAUCCGGGAAUCUGCAAAAGCGAGUCUUGAAGUGGCUACCACUUUUCACAAAAUGUCUUGGCUCCAACAGGUUCAACUCGCUAUCGACUUGAACAAAAACACUUUUAAACGCCAAAUCAGUUACUCAAAAUCUUUCAAAUAAGUCAAAUAACAUUCACUGUUAUCUUACAGUCACUAAUUAGCGUUGGUUUGUUUAAAAAAAWUUUUUUUUUCGCAAAUCAUUAUUCGUUUUGCGGUCUUGGGCAACUGGCAAUAUGGCGGCCUGUAAAAAUAUUUUUCUAUUCAAUUUUAAAUUUGUACGUGAAAUGUACUAUGUACAUACUCGGGUAAAUGGCAUGUCCACCUAAAACAUUUUAAAAAUAACCUUAGCAGAAUUCAGUUAAAAUGUGGAAUAAAGAACUAAGUGCCAGUA